AUGUCGUCAGAAAUAGAUUACAAUUCACCAUUAAUAUCAAUACAAACAAAUUUAUAUAAAUACGGUGGACCAAUUUUGAUGAUUUUGGGUACUGUAAGUUGCGUACUUAGCUUGAUUGUUUUUACAAAAAAGAACCAUCGUAAAAAUCCAUGUGCAAUAUAUUUGGUGGCGUGUAAUAUUGGUUAUCUUCUACAAAUUUAUACAACAAUGCUAUUAGCGAUCCUAUCAAAUGGUUACAAUAUUGAUCCUACUGUAUAUAGUCUGAGUUUCUGUCAUUUUCGUUAUUAUGCACUGCUUUUAUCUGCUGUUUUAAGUCCAUCUUAUUUAAUAUUGGCAUCUAUUGAUCGAAUAUUAAUCACUUCACCAAAUGCUCUAACAAGGCAACGAAGUACUUUACGUCUAACUUAUAUAUGCAUCAUAGGUAUAACAUUAUUUUGGUUAUUAGCUCAUAUGCAUACAUUAUUUCUGACUCGUAUUGUGGAACCGGUACCAAAUCUUAUCAUUUGCUCUUUUCAGCCUAGAUUCUAUAUAGCAUUCAUAAAUUAUUAUACAAUAUUAAUCCAAGACAUUCUUAUUCCAUUAUUGAUGAUUAUUUUGGGAAUAUAG